ACAAGAGUUACUUACUUGGAGUUGUCGUAACACAAAGACAUCACAAAACUUUCACACACCGACAUGUCGUCAAGAUCCUUAGCUCUCGUUUACUUAUCCAUACUUUGCUUUCAAACCCAUCUCUCUAUCUCCACCACGGUUCCGAUUCCGUCGGAGAACGGAGGAAUCGACGCAAUGCUGAUCCGGGGCGGCGUAAUCGGAGAGGAGGAAGGAGAGGAGAUGAUGAUGCCAUCGGAGAUAAGCCGGAGAGUGAUGAUGAUGCGGAAACGGUACAUAAGCUAUGAAACAUUGAGGAGAGACAUGGUUCCUUGUCAGAAACCAGGUGCUUCUUACUACGCUUGUCGCUCUGGUCAGGCUAAUUCUUACAACAGAGGAUGUAGUAUCAUUACUAGGUGUGCUAGAGACACUAACGAUAUCAAG